AUGGCCGGCUCCAAGGCGCUCUGUCGGGGGUGCCUCACGGUUUACUCGGCUCUCAUGCUGGUUCUCACUGCCGUCUACCUGUGGUCGAAAUGGGGGGUGCAUCGCAGCUUCGUCGCGGUCCUAGAGGAGACGACGAGGCACAGGGACACCAGCGCUGACGUCAACGGCGUCGCCCUCGCCGAGUCGGGCGGAGCCGAGUACGUAGGUGUCGCGCUUUUCCACGCUUUGCACCUCAUCUGCCUUACGCUGUUUCUCUUCGGCUACAAGUCCGGCGGGAAAAUGUCGCUUGGCUGCGCGUUGCUUCUGGCGUGCGCUGCCAUGUACAUACUUGUCUACGGGUGUAUGACUCUACAAGGACAGCAGGAGCAGCAAGGCUCCUCCGCCCCGCCUAAGGCCGCCGCGGCACACCCGCGCAGGCAGGAGGAGUCCCAAGCGUAUCAGGUUGAGGCGGACUACACUCAUAGCGCCAUCGCUGUCGCUGGUGCAGCAGCGCCCCCGCGUAACGGGGAACAGCGUGAGCUGAGUCGGGCUGCUGCCGAGCAGGUCAGUUGCGCGCCAGGGACUUGCGGCAUUGCCUCGGCGCACGCUGGUGAGCCUCUCUCGUAUGUAGAACUAGGGUGGAUAUUGCUGGAGGCCUUGGUCGACGUGCUGGCCAUCAUCGCCGUCGGCCCCGAGAGUCCCACAGGAGACGGCGGCGUCCGUCUCCACCCCGAUGGCACGCCCAUCUCCUCCGAGACGCCGUUCGCUGGGGUGCGUCGACUCAGCCUAUUGAUGUUGAACUUCACCGGCUUUGCUUUGUCGCUGUGGGGUGUCAUGCUAUUCGAUGUCAGCCCUAACUCGGCACCAGCGCCGGCGCUGUCAACGUCAGCCGCCGCCAGUGGUGGUGGUAGGAGCCGUGGUGGCCGCGGCAACGGUGCUCAGGCCGCCAGCGGAAGGGCCAGCGCUUCAGCAACCUUGGCAAACCCGGCAGCAGGCGCGGGGCAACUGUCCACAUCUCCUGUAGAGGCGAAGAAGUAUCAGUAG